AAUUCUCUUCUCCCCAUCACCCGGUUGUCUUCGCAGUGCUGCAUGCUGAGCUCGCUGUUCCCGACGAGGCGAUCCGGUAUCUCGUCACUGGUGUACUUAUCUUCUUGUCCACGACCUUUUUCCGUUUUCCUCUCGACUGCCAUUACCGCAAUAUAGCUGUAGAAUGGAGGAGCAGCCGCGAGCUCAGCCUAUAACUUUGAUGAAAGCGGGUGCACAGUCGAGGACGAGUAAACUGGUGCAGAAAUUAUCCAACUUUCGCAGCAGAAUUCGUCUUUCAAGCACGCGCAAGGGUAGUGUUAAUCUUGCUCUCGAAGGGCCGUACAUGAGACAGUCGACUUCAAUAGAUGCUGGGAUGGCGAAGCCUUACAUGUCCCAGCCCAUGUUAGCGCCCAAUCCAUACAACAUUCAGCAGCGUCGGGACGUCGACGAAUCUCUCUCAUCUUCGCCUUCCAGUUCACCAACUGGAAGCGAGCCCUGCGGAGCGCCUGUCCCACCAAAACGCACUCGUCAUUCGAUAUCGACAGCAGUAGUUACUGGCACGAACACGGGCGUUGUAUUCACUGGCAAAAGCAUCACUUUCGACGGCUUACCCGGCGAAGCACCAGUUCUAACGACCAGUGCCACAUUGAAGCAUGGUUCAGGUCUGCCUACUGACCAUCGUGGAACGGCAGAAAGCAGCACGAUUCUAAUGGAAGCGCCGCAUGUACUCAUAUCGAAGCAAGUGGCAUCAUUAUCACGACCACCGUUCCAAGAAACUCCCAUCCACCCCUCGUCAUCCUCAGCAUCCACUCAACAACGCACGAACAACACUCCUUACCCAGCAAAUGAUUCCGAACCAAAACAUAGGCCGGCUAACGUAGACAAUUCCAGACCGUCCCUUUUACCGAUACCUAACGCUACGUCGUCAACAUCAUCAUCCCCUCCGUUAUCUCGAGACUUAGCCCCCGAUUACGAAGAAACCCUUUCAUUUGCUAGUACGUCGACAAAAUCGUUUCACACGCCGCCAAGUCACUCUCAUUCACUACAUGGCGGAUCUUCAUCAUUUCUUCCAAUGUCAUCUACUUCCCUGUUGCAGCAAACGACGCCACGCUCGCAACCUACGUCUAGAGGCGCUAAUUCAUUUGUUGAUCCCUCAAGACUGACACACGACACCAGCAAUGCCCCAGAGCUUUCCGAUCCGCCUGCUGGGGCUGUCGUCCACUCGGAAACAGCGUCAAGUGCCCUAUCAGGACUUAAAACAACGAUGUUGAGACCUGGUCAGCCCGUGUCUUUAUCUGACACAGACGAAGAUGUACUUUCUGGGAUGUCGAAGAAAACGUCCAGCCCAAAUUCUGAUUCUUCUCGGCCGUCAUCUACCUCUAUCACGGCAUCAUCUCAUUCAACGCGGUCCGUUUUCAGUGGCUCGACGAAUGUAAGGGCUCGGGGUUCGGUUCCCUUCAUAUUUCCUCCACGGACACCAGGAAAGGAGCACGAUCCUGCCCCAGACUCAGAAAAGAUGCUCCCAAUGACGCCAGUAGAAGCUAUUUCCGACUCCGGUCCGAGAGUUUCGUCCUCCGCGUACGGGACGACACCUACACGUCGAACUCCCCCUGCUCUUCCAAUGCCGUUACGUCGAUUCAGCAUGACCCUUGCUGAGGGUACGGGCUCCGCAAGAUUAUCACCGUCAUUGAUUACGCGACAUCCACCCAUGCCAAUUCUCAAUCUACCGACACUACCCCCUUCUACCCCUUCGUCCAGUUCCGAUGCGCUUAGCUCCGAUGCCAACAGGCCUCACCAAAAGCUGAGAAGCAUGCCGGCUUUACCCAGACAGGGCACGAACAUUGACGAGGAUGAUGAAGAUGAGGAUGAGGAUGACGGCGAAGAUACUGAGGACGGCGAGGACUUUGUCGAAGCGAGCGACGGCGGAGACGACGGCGAUGACCGGACAGCGGAAGACAGUCCCAGAGCAGAAGAUCGACCAGCACUAGCUUCUCCAUCACGACAGUACAAGAGAACGCAAGCUUUACCUCCAUCAUUAAACCUUCCGAUCAACUUGGCUCGUCUCGAUCUUUCAUUCCUUGAUGAUCCACCACGUUCCUCUGAUAUGAAAGGGAAAGGUAAACAAAGGGAAGAUUCCGACCUUGCUUCCGCCACGCCUACAGCAUCCAGGACUAAAGGCUUUCCAACCCCUCAACAGCAGCAGUUCUCAGACGACUACUUUUCUAUCGCGACACCCUCUAGUCCCAUGACAAGGACUCCCAGUACCACCACGUUCUCCCCAACACGCACACCACGCCUGGAAGACGGUAUGCAGAUUCCGGGAUCGCCGUUAGCACGCGGUCAUCAGGUUGAUGGUAGACCGACAAUAUACAAACACGCCUCCAGGAGUAUGAUAAAUAUUGUGGGACCGUCUCUGUGUCGCCGGGAUGAGGAAAAGGAGACAAAUAGGGAGAACGAAAUCGAGGUCGUGUCAAGGACUGCCGGGCUUGCAGGUGUCGUGGCUCGGUUACCUUCAUCUAUAGACAAAGUGUCGGAACCCUCUUCUCUGAUACCCCAUCCUCCGCUGCGGAAAGCAUCAGCGGGUGGUACGCCAGGCACUCUCCAUCGACGACGGUCGCUUCCCACUUUUACUGCUGGUUCACCUCCUCCACCCUAUCCUUCAUUUGCUCCUUAUAAAGGCUUACAUCUAUCCUCGCAUCAACUGCCUCCUGAUUUUGAUGCCCCACACAUCAUUGAAGGACGAGAAACGUUGCCGGAAUACUCGAAUUCCAUAUACCUGCGCACAGUAAUGCCUCGGAAGAUGGAGUUUACUCAGCCAGGCGUGCAGGCUAAGGAUCGGAAAUGGAGGAGAGUGGUCUGUGAGCUGGAAGGGACGGUAUUUCGCGUAUAUGAAUGUCCUCGGGAGGCGGCUGGGGUAAGCGCAAUUGGAUCGUGGUGGGAGAGGAAAGUGGGUGUUGGGGAUGUUAGUAUCCCGGCAGCGAGCGGAUCCGCGUCUACAAAGAAGGCCUCCGAUGCUGUUCUGGGGGACAGAACUGAACUGGCGUCGAAGUUGGGCGAGGUAGCGGCUGAUGUGGUCAGGGAAGGGAGUCAAACGGACGUUCAGCUUUCCUCGCAGUCGCCUGUACCCAGUCAGCAAGAGCCGCAGCAGACCUUCAUACACUCAAAUCAGAGUAGAUCGAAACUGGUCAACCUGCUGAAGCCGUCUAGGCCACACAGUAGAUCACGCAGCGACAUACCGAAUCCACCGAGAUUGACCCCACCUAGUCAGCCAAGGUCGUCGCUGUCCACACCGAGGCCGCGGACUCCCACGGUGGCGAUGUCUUCUCCCUCCGAUAAUCGCAUUUCCUUAGUGGUCGUACACCUGCUCCUUCGAUAAUGUCUGUUCCUGAGGUGCCGGAGGGUGAGUUGAUCAAAGCGUACACUCUGCAGCACGCCGAGAGUGGGCUGGGGAAUGACUAUCUGAAGAGGAAGAAUGUGAUACGGGUGCGAAUGGAGGGCGAGCAGUUUUUAUUACAAGCUAUGAAUGUGGCGAGUGUUGUGGAAUGGAUUGAGGUAUGU